UCCGACGCCGAGCCCGGAGCUAGCAGCAGCAGCGGCCGCUGCGACGCGGAGCCAGGUUGGGGUCCCGACAUCCAGCCACGUCGCCAUGAGCUCCCAGCCCCGCCGCAUCCGUCUGAAGCCCUGGCUGGUGGCGCAAGUGAACAGCGGCCAGUACCCGGGACUCUGUUGGGUGGAAGCGGAACGCAAGCGGUUCUGCAUCCCCUGGCGCCAUGCGACGCGGCACAUCCCCAGCCAAGAAGACGAGAACACCAUUUUCAAGGCCUGGGCGAAAGAGACCGGCAAGUACAACGAAGGGGUGGACGAGCCAGAUCCGGCCAAGUGGAAAGCCAACUUGCGCUGCGCCCUCAACAAGAGCCGGGAGUUCAGCCUCAUCUACGACGGGACCAAGGAGACGCCCAUGCAGCCGUACAAGAUCUACGAGGUUUGCGAGGUGCCGCAGCCCAACGGAGUGACGGACCUGGACAUCAAGUUCCAGUACCGCGGGCGCUCGGCGGGCAGCCUGACCAUCAGCAACCCCCACGGCUGCCGCCUCUUCUACAGCAACCUGGAGCCCACCCAGGAGCAGGUGGAGCUCUUUGGGCCGGUGACGCUGGAGCAGGUGCGCUUCCCCAGCACGGAGGGGGUCCCCAACGAGAAGCAGCGCUUCUACACCCACCAGCUGCUGGACGUCCUGGACCGGGGCCUCAUCCUGGAGCUGCAGGGCCAGGACAUCUACGCCAUCCGGCUGUGCCAGUGCAAGGUCUUCUGGACGGGGCCCUGCGCCGGGGAGCUGGCCGGACCCAACCCCAUCGAGCGCGAGAAGAAGAUCAAACUCUUCAGCCUGGAGAGCUUCCUCAACGGCCUCAUCAUGUUCCAGAAGGGCCAGAGCACCGUGCCACCACCCUACGAGAUCUUCUUCUGCUUCGGAGAAGAAUGGCCGGACCACAAGCCCAAGGAGAAAAAGCUGAUCACGGUCCAGAGCGGAAGGCCUCUUUUGCAGGCUGGGAAGUCGCAGAACAGCACAGGCCUGGUGAAGAAGAGAAUACCGGGUCGCCACUCUUCAGACGUGGGGCUUGGGGCUCAGAGAGGCAAAGGGCGGCUCGUCCUGGCGCAGGACGGGGACUCCUCUUGCCCUGACACGCGGCUGCCUCAACGUGGGGACCCAAAGCCCAGGUUAGAGCCCCGACGGCCAGACCCCGUGAAGAGUUAG